UAUCGUCCCAAAAUUAGUUGGCCCGGGCGCUGGUCGCAUAAACGCCUCGCGUCAUUCGCGCCUUCUCACCACUGCACCUGCAUACAAUCACUCUUUCACUCCGCAGCCUUCCAGAAGUGCCCGAUCCAUCGCGUCCUCGCUCGCGGCUCUCCAGUCGCCUGAUUCUGCACCACAACCGGCAUUAACCGCCGGCAACCACCACACGUCUGCCUACAUCAGCCCACCUCAAUCUUUCUCGGCAUGUCGGAGCCCAUCCCGGAGUCCAUUCCCACCUCCGCAGACCCCCGAUCGAAGCGGCCCGUCAAGAAGCGCGCUCUCACUCCACGAGCCCACCUCGCCGCCGACGUCGAAGCGCUCUUCGCGAAGCCAGACCGCGACAUCCGGAUCCCCGGCGCCGAGUCCAAGAAGAGCCUCGCGCCACCUCCAGAAAUUGUCGCAAACGUCCAGGGCUCGAGCGCCGGCGCAGGAAGCGGAGAGUUUCACGUAUACAAAGCGAGCCGCCGGCGUGAAUAUGAGCGGCUGCGGCUGAUGGAUGAGGAGGUGAAGAAGGAAGAGGAUGAGGAAGCAUUCCAGGAGAGGAAAGCAGAGCUGGAACGGAAGGAUCGCGAGAAGACCGAGAAGAAUAGGGCGAGGCGAGAGAAGCAGCGGGCGCGGAAGAUGAAGCAGAAGAAAGGCCAGAAGGGGGACAGUGGUGGCAGCGACAAGGAGGGCACGCCAGCACCUGAUGGUGGGAGGGCGAAGAGGAAGCUCGCGCCAAAUGCAAAUGCUCCGCAAGCGGCCGAAGACGAAGACGAUCAGGUCUUGAAUGGGGGUGGGGAAGUCAAGAAUGCCGAUGAGAGCGGUCUGGUCAUUGAGGAUGAUGACUGAAUAGGAUUAGUGGCUGGCGGAUACCUAGGUAUGCAUUUGUGAAGAGCGCGGUCUUCCAUGCAAACCCUUCCGUGCGAACUCGUAUAAAGACCGAAGUUGUACUGUGCAUGCUAUCAUUCUCUCUCGAGAAAAAUCCAUAACCCUAACAAUGCUUCUGCUUAAUGUUACGAUGUCAGUAUCACGCCGCCGCCGAAAAUGCCUCCUUACUAGUACGUUUGCUUAGCUCUAAGACCGUCGCAGCUUUUCACAUGCUAAAUCGCAAAGUACAAGGAUCGUAUCCCAAGCCACAUCGAUGCCCACUCAAUUAUUCCCUCUAUUCUGAUUAGAGAUAAUUAAUCGCAUAACUGCUAUAGCGCCUCAUCGCACGACGUCCGCUAUACGAGAAAUCUCGCAGAUCGAUUCGCCAGAGGUUCGAUGGCUCGCUUAGUCACUUCCGCUAGACAACAACCC